ACGUGAGCAUCUGAUUAGUCCAUGCGUUCAAGGAAAUGGACUACAAAUAGCACAUUCCGUUAUCCGUUUUCGAAAAAUAUGCUUUCAAACGAUGUGUUUACAGCACGGAGGAUAAUCCACAAGCGAGCCGGUUCACGAACCGAAUUUGUUCUCGAGGUUUUUUGUUAAGAAGCUGAAUUUAGCUUUCGCUUCACCGGACGUUUUCCUGUGUUUACUCUCCUUUUUGUCCACGCAGUGUAUCCGUAGGAGCGUGAGUGAGCCUGACGGGAAGGAGGAUGGACACAGAGCCUGUGCUGUAUAUACCAGUGCCGCAUCACUGGUUCUACAAGAAGACGACAGACGGCAAAGACUUAUGGAAACCUUUUAGCACUGAAGAUUCACAGAUGCUAGAGGAGGCUCACACACGUGGCAGUGGUGAUGAGGUGGUGGUGGCCACAGGGGGCGGGCGUUAUGAUGUAAGAUUAAAGGAGCGACGUCGUUAUGCCGUGUAUUGGGAUCAGGAGCCAUCUGAAGUGCGCAGAUGUUCCUGGUUUCACAAAGGAAACAAGGAGAUGCAUUUCACUCCCUACACCGAGGAGAUCAGCGAAAUGCUGGAGGAUUUCUACAUGAUCUCUGUUUCUCUCGACGAGUGGAAAACAAACGUAAAGCUGCCCACAGGAGAAACAGUCAUCUUUCACACCCCGAAGCUGAUAACCCAACACCCGUACUAUUCCUUUGACUGUCCUCCAUCUCCGACUGAAAGAACGCAUGCCAGAACACUGAAAAGAGGACUGGAGAAUAUUCCUGUGCAAAUCCCACAGGGAGAACCAGACAUCGUGGAUCACUUGGUGUUCAUGGUUCAUGGCAUUGGGCCGGCGUGUGAUAUGCGUUUAAGAGGAAUCGUACAAUGUGUAAAUGAGUUCCGCAGCACUGCUCUCGCGCUCACCAAAAGUCAUUUCCGCUCCAGUGAUAACAACAAAGGUCGAGUGGAGUUUCUGCCUGUUAACUGGCACAAAGUUCUACAUGGAGAAAGCACAGGAGUCGACAGAGAUAUGGAGCGGAUCACUUUGCCCAGCAUCAGGGGCCUACGCCAGUUUGCCAAUGAUACAGUGUUGGACCUGUUCUUCUACAAUAGUGCCACCUACUGCCAGACCAUUGUGGACACGGUAGCCUCAGAGAUCAACCGCCUACACAGCAUCUUUCUUCAAAGAAACCCACAAUUCACUGGAUCCGUGUCAGUGGCAGGACACAGCCUGGGUUCAUUAAUUCUCUUUGACCUUCUGACCAACCAGAAGACAGGAGCAGAAAGCACCAAUGCAGCAGAGGAUGAACACCCAGGUCCUUCCUCUGUGUCAGACUUCACCUCCUGUGAAAGUCUACAUGAGGCACUAAUGAACAUCGUCAUGGAAGAACAUCUCAGAAUCCUUCAGAAGGAACAAAUGGACAUGGAGUCUCUGAUGCUGUGCUCUCAGAGCGACCUGAGAGACCUAGGAAUCCCUCUUGGGCCUUGUAAGAAGAUUAUGAACUACGUGAACAAACGGAAGCACAGAUCUGCAGCCCACACGGGAAAACAUUCUUCUCAUUCAGAGGAGAGAAAUUCUUCUGAAAUUCUCAUCCGAGAGAGUCAGCCUAAAACCAGCGCCGUUGACUACCAGCACUUUGAUAUGGGGAUUGGACAGGUCUCAAUCAAUUACCCGCAGCUCAGCUUCCAGCCCCAGGCCUUUUUUGCUUUCGGCUCUCCUAUUGGAAUGUUCCUGACCGUCCGAGGCCUGAAGAGGAUCGACCCCAACUACAGCUUCCCCACCUGCAGGAGCUUCUAUAACAUCUUCCAUCCGUUUGAUCCGGUGGCAUACAGGAUCGAGCCUAUGAUUUUGCCUCCAGAUGAGGAGGUAGCACCCAUGCUGAUGCCCCAUCACAAGGGCAGGAAAAGGAUGCACCUGGAGCUGAGGGAAGGUUUGACGCGUGUCGGCUUCGACAUGCUGGGGUCUUUACGGACAGUUUGGCAGAGUUUCUCUCAGCUUCCUGUCCCGGCGCAGGCUGUGGGAAAUGACGCGGCUACAGCUGUAUGCGCGGCCGAGGAAAUAGAAACCUCACCCCUGGAACAGGAGGAGAACAAAACGAUCAAGGUUGGAAAGCUGAACGGUGGCCGGCGUAUCGAUUAUGUCCUCCAGGAGAAACCGAUCGAAAGCUUUAAUGAAUAUUUGUUCGCCAUUCAGAGUCAUCUGUGCUACUGGGAGUCGGAGGACACGGCUCUGCUGGUUCUCAAGGAGAUUUACGGGGACAGUGGUUGCAGAUCUCCUCAGCAGUAAUGAUCCAGACUCACAGAGUUCUCUGUGAUGAUAAUAUUACAUGUCAUAAUAACUUUCUAGAUUGCCAAAAUAAAUCAGCGCUCCUUCUCCAUCUUCAGGUUUACAUAUGUAACCUUUUGAAGGUGCAGUUUGUAAUUACACAGGCCUAUAAUAGUGACGGAAAUUCUAAGAUGCCUGUGAUUUGUAAAAUUGCGAUGCGCUGCCAUGCACUAGUUUCUUUAUUAGCAAGAAAGAGAGGUGAGGUACAUUAUUACAGGCUUCUGUUUACAUUUUCAUGGGCCAGAAUUGGCUCUGACCCCAGCUGUUAUAGAGCUGAUCAACCCUGCUCUUUUUUUUUUUUUUUAACAUCAAACCCAAAAGGCAUAUGUAGUGUUAUAGAGUUUUUGUGCUUUAUUCACAGUUAGCCUUGUAAGCAGGCAAGGGCACUAAAAAUUACAAAGUGCUCCUUUAAACAAGCGAUACACAACUUGCAGUCCUCAAGGACCAGGUGCUAUAGGGUUUCUGAAUACAAUAUAUAUGAGUCAGGUGACUACAAGCACAAAUUAUUUCAUUUAGUAGUGGUGAUUUAGAAACAUACAGUGCUGCAUUUGCAUGUAAAGGACAUAUUUGAUUAUUUUGAGGUUAACUCAGAUUUGCGCCAAUUUCACAGCGAGGCCAGUAAUCUGCUGAUUGCUACAGAGUCUUAUCUCGAAACCGCGGUUGAAGGCAGAAAGGAGUGUGAUUAGUUAGAUGUGUAAACCACUGAAAAUGGGAGGAGGUGGAUUUGAGAUGCCUUUCUUAUUUUUGACAGUAAGCAAAUCAUGCUUGCUAACAAAUUUGUGAAAACUCUAUUGCUAGGCAACACAGAUCGGGAGCAUAAGCUAGCUCAAGGUUAGCUGACUUGCUUAUUAGCACUGACCAGGUAUUAAAAUUCUAAUGACUCCUUUGUAUUAAGACACGAUUUUAUGUAAUAUUAUUGUAAUAAUUUGUAGAUAACUGCCACAAUGUUAGAUAACUGUAUACAUGUUUAUACUAUUACUUGAUUAAAAGUUUAAACUAACUGGCUAAUACAGAAAGAAAUAUUUAAACAGUAUUGACUUGACAUGAACUGAUGGCCUGCUAGCUUUAAAUUGACAAGAGGGUAAAUUUUAGCUAGCUGGUUAAGUAUAAAUUCUUCUAAAAUGUGUGCUAAAGAUUUCCACACAUUUUUCCUGACCCUGUUCUAAAAUAUUUGUAUGAAAAAAACUUAAAGACUAACUAUUAGGAUCAUGUUAUGUAUUAGCUGUUGUUGCUAGCCGAAUGGCUACUUUUUAGCCUUGAGGCAUCUCAGAAUCUCACCUCAUCUAAGAAUGAGAACAUGUUUGCCAGUUAAACAACAAUUAAUUCAGUGAGCUCUGCCUGUGGCUUCAUUACCUACACUAUGCAAUAGCACACUCAGGCAUAAGAUCUUAAGUCUAGUUUAAGUUUCACAGACAGUUUAUUACGUAUCAGUAUUGCUGUCUCAGGUUUGUGCCUCUUACUAAAAGCACGUGGACUCACAUGCUAAAUGCCAGUGUAGUACACCACUUUAUGAAUGUUUUAUUUAGUUCUUCUGGGACUUUAUUUAAUGCACGUUUAAGCAUUUUCUUGCAUUUACAGACAUUAUAUUAAUUUAUUAAGAAUUUAACUGUUGUCUGAGGUAAAACAGGUUGAUUGAGAGGACUGACUGAUGAGGUAUGUCAGAUGUGUUAAAGCAACUGUGGAUUGGACGUUAAACGUCUGAUAUCAUUCCCUCAUUCAUUGUAUGAGGCAUUAUAUGAGGCAGUGGAGAGAGACUUGAUCACUAAUCAGAGACUGAUCAUUUCCAUUACAAAUAUUUGUGUUAGAUUUGACAGUUCAGUUUUGGUUCAGUUUUGUGGCUGAUGUAACUGAUGUUAAAUCUAUGCUUCGCUAUGUUGAACAUAUACUCACUACACUAUCCACUUUAAUAGGAACACCUGUACACAUCAAACACCUGUAAUAACUCAAAUAAUCUUUACAACUGUACUGUAGUUAUCAGAAAAACAUUUCAACAUGCACAAAGAAUCAAACCUUGGCUUGGAUUGUCAUGGUUUGUCAAUAGCAGAUGAGUACACUGGGUUCCAAUCAUGUCAGCUAAGGACAGGAAUCAUAGGCGCAGGCUAUGGAUAGAUAAAGAUAAAAAUGUGAACUUUGAUUUGAAAAUGCAUCAAAGUUCAUGAUUUUACAUGUUUUUUUAUGCAUUGUAUGGCUGCCACAUGUUUGGCUGAUAAAGUAACUGCAUGUGUGUUCCCAGUAAAUUGGACUGAGUGUACACCGAUAUUUUAUUUCACAUUAAUGUACUCAAAACAGUCUCCAUUUACUCCGAAAGAUGUUAAAGAUGCUGCGUCAGUGUAGAUUUAAAGCAGCCAAAUCGAGGUGACACAAGAUUACUCAGAUAGGUGAAGGGUUACAUCAGCUAAAACUGCUAAUCCAAUAAUUUAAUUACAAAUUACCAACUAUUAUUUGGUCAUUAUGCAACAUCUUUUCAUUAUAUUUAUAUAUGAUGUCUGCCUGCUUUGGGAAGAGUUACAUCCGGAUGAUAUUUAUUUUUAAUUGAUUAAAGGUUUAUGCUGUGGGUAAUUAUAAAGUUAAUAUAUAAGUCCACUAGAAAUUAGCUAUAGUUCAAAUAGUGAACCAUAUGAUGAACAGGAAACACAUUUUACAGCCCAGGUCUUUUGUUCUGUAAAACAUCUGAUUCAGUUCAUUCGCUCAUUCACACAUUUAUUUAAAUGUGUGUGUGUGUGUGUGUGUGUGUGUGUGUGUGUGUGUGUGUGUGUGUGUGUGUGUGUGUGUGUGUGUGUGUGUGCGCGCGCGUGCGUAUGUUAGAAAACUGCAGAACUAAAACAUGAGAAAUGUUGAAACACUGAAAUAUUCUAAUAUAUCACAUAUUUAUCCAAAGUUUUAAUACUGUCCCAUUUCUUCAACUGAUAUGCAGUUUACAUAUUAAUGUCUUGUUAUAAUAAUGUCUCAACGUAUUAAAAUAAAUAUUUUCCACACCUA